GGUUGCCCGUAGCCGCUUAGCUCAGCGUUGCUAUGAGGUUCGUUUCUGCUCCGUAGUUUGUCGUUUUGUUUUGUUUCUGUUUCUGUUUCUGUGAUAAUUUUCCACAUCAUGGCCGAGAAGUUCGAUAAUCUGGAAGAACACCUUGAGAAAUUCAUCGAAAACAUACGACAGCUGGGGAUCAUAGUGAGCGAUUUUCAGCCCAGCAGCCAAACUGUGCUCAACCAGAAACUGAACUUCAUGAUCACAGGACUGCAGGACGUUGAGAAAUGUCGACAGCAGCUGAACGAUAUCCACGUACCUUUGGAAGCGUUUGAAUACAUCGAUCAGGGCCGCAACCCUCAGCUAUACACUAAAGAGUGCCUGGAACGAGCCUUGGCUAAAAACGAGCAAGUGAAGGGAAAGAUUGACACCAUGACAAAAUUUAAAAGUCUCCUCAUCACUGAGCUGGGGAAGGUUUUUCCAGAAGAAAUGGCCAAAUAUAAAGCCAUCCAUGGAGAUGACCCUCCUUCAUAGACACACGCACCAUUUUAACAGCAGUAUUAAAGUUGUACAUAUGCUGAUAGUCAUGUUUUGUAAGAUUCAAAGCAUCUGUCUUGUUUUGCAUUUUUACAGCUUUUUCAGUGUUUCUGUUUGCCUUUGUAUUCCCUGAAGAUAUUCCUGUUGCUUUAAAAGGUGUGAGACGUUUUGUAUACAACUAAAAUUGAGUUUCAUUUUUUGCGUGAUCUAUUGUUUUCUUUCUGUUGGCUAUGUGUGUUUCUUUUUUAAAUAAAUAAUUAUUUAAAGUUCA